CUCAAUCAAUACAACGGAAAGGAUGCAGCUGAUUUUGUUUUUUCAUUCGCCGCCAUUUAUAUUCGUUUUGGACGCUUUUGAAUGAGAAGCUAUAUAUAUCUUGGAUUCUCUAUUCUUUGUGGGCACUACAGUCAGAGAAGAAAAAUGUGUAUAGCUUUCUGGUUAUUAGAAACCCAUCCGCAGUUUCGCUUCCUCCUCGCCCUCAACAGAGACGAGGUUCACAGCAGACCCACACAGGCGGUGCAUUGGUGGGAAGAGGAAAAUGCAGACAUCGUGGGGGGAAAGGAUUGUGUGGCAGGAGGGACAUGGCUGGCUUCUUCCGCCACUGGCCGUCUCGCUUUUGUCACCAAUUUUAGAGAGCCCACCUCCAUUCCUGAGGCAAAAUCUAGGGGAAACCUCAUUACCAGAUUCUUAAAGAGUUCCAAAACUCCAAUGGAGUUUGCACAGGAGGUAGCGCAGGAGGGCGAAGAAUACAACGGAUUCAAUUUGAUCUUGAUGGAUCUCUGCUCUGGUAAAAUUGCUUAUGUGACAAAUCGUGCAGAAGGCACUUCAUGUUCUGUUAAAGAAGUUUCUCCUGGUAUGCAUGUUCUUUCUAAUGCCCAGCUUGAUACCCCUUGGCCAAAGGUUCAACGUAUGAGGUGUAAAUUUGAGGAAUUGUUGCAAAAAUUUGGUCAAGACGAAAUCCCAGAAACUCAAAUAAUUGAAAAUAUAAUGAAAGACACUGUUCACGCUGAUAGAACAAUGCUGCCAAUUACUGGUUGUGAUCCUGACUGGGAAUACGAACUCAGCCCCAUAUUUAUCGAGACUGAGAGUGAUAGGGGUCCUUAUGGUACAAGGAGUAUGGUGGUUCUCUCUUUGAAACCAACUGGUCAGUUGACAUUCUAUGAGCAAUAUUUGGAAGAGGGGAAGUGGAAAGAACAUAAGCUAACCUAUGAAAUAAAGUUAGACAAGUUGAACUGUGAAAGCAAGGUUUUAACUGAUGAAAUGGAAGGUCAUAGAUUAGUUGCAGGACUUAGCCACUUUCCCGCUCAACAACUCGUUGAGUGAACUGCAAAACAUGUUGUUUUGUAUCAUGUAGAAAUAUAUGAUGAAAUGGAAGGUCGUAGAUUAGUUGCAGGACUUGGCCACUGUCCCGUUCAACAACUCGUUGAGUGAACUGCAUAACAUGUUGUUUUGUAUCAUAUAGAAAUGUAUAUAUUUCAAGAGCAUGUAUAUCUUUAUGGAUUUUUACUUUGGGGUCAAUAAAGGCCAUUGGGCAGCAUAAAUCAAUAAAGGUCACUGGGCAACAUACAUGGCCUUAUGUCUUUAGAGCCUCAUGCUAAUCAACAUUGUGGAAUAUGAGGAAAUUGAAAUGCUGUAUGGCGUGCAAUAAAAAAUGUUCACUGACAAAAAAUGAUGUAAGAGAAGCUAAAUCUUUCAAUAAAUUGAUGUUGAAGACUUUUUUCCUAUUUCAUUAUUUUCAAUAAAAAAUAAUUUCUUUUAAGA